AUGUUUGCUCUUUGGAGUUUAAGACCUAAAUCUUCAAAUAAAACCAUUUUAUUCAUACUCAUUUUUACAUGUAUGAUUUUCGGGAUAAAUAGUUUUACUCCGGAUGGUAGAGCUGGUCAUGUAACAGUAAUAGUUAAAAACCAGAUUUAUUUUAUGGGAGGAUCUCGUGAAAUUUCAGAUGGAGACCCAAGAAAGAGUUCAAUAAGAGGAUAUAAUUUAUCAGACGAAGUUUUUACAUUAGAUCUUAUGUCACAAUUUUCUACAGUCAACCCACCAUAUGUUGAACUUCCUGGUACUUCAAAAAUGAUAUAUGGAAGUGCUAAAGGAACUGCAGUGGUUGGUGGUCCUAGUCAGGAAGAUGUAUAUCUCGUCGAAGGCGCAUUUCAAAACCUCACACUCCUUAAUCAAAUUGAUCAUAAUGCAACGAUAACUUCAAAUCAAACAUUAAUGGUAAAUGAAUUAAUUAAUACUUGGAAUGUAACAAAUCAAACUAUUUUUAUUUACCGGCCAUCUACGAAAUCUUGGUUGAGUUUUGAAUCAGUUGCUAAAGGGGGACCAACGAUUAGACGUAGAUCAACUUCAACAAUAAUAGAUCAGGAUAGAAGGAUAAUAUACAUAUUUGGAGGAAGAGCCGAGUUAGAUACUGGUUCACUUACGUUUAUUUGCUUUAACGAUUUAUACACUUAUGACACCGCCGUGUCAAAAUGGAAUAAGAUUAAUGCAGCCAAUGCUCCUUCUCCUCAAAGUCAUAGCACUGCGACAUUACUUCCAAAUGGUAAAAUUCUUUAUAUUGGAGGUGUUUAUCAAAUUUCUCCUGGAGAAGAUGCAUUGCCAAUUGAUAUGACAAAUAUCUCGGUAUUUGAUACAAAUUCUUUGACCUGGUCAUACAAGAUAGCAAAGUCAUCAAAUCCUAUUCAAGCUCGAACAGGCCAUACAGCGACCUUAACACCAGAUAAUAAUAAAAUCAUCAUAAUAGGCGGAACUUCAAGCUAUGCAUUAAGUCUUACUACUGCAUAUCCGACUUUUUUGUCGCUGGAUAUUUCAACAGAACCUUAUGAAUAUUCUGAACUAAGUAACAUUACUAAUGAUGAAACCGGUUCGAUUAAUACAAAUCCGUAUAUUUAUUUAUUGGAAAUGCCGUGCCAAAACUGGGUAACCAUUUUUAGACCUGGCGAAUCGAGUUGUCCACAACCACCAGUUACAUUAAUUAUUUGUCUAACCAUUGCUUGCUAUGUAGUGUUUGUUGCAUCUAUAGUAGUAUUUAUAGUAACUAGGCGCUUACCGCUAACAAAUAAAUUGAUUAUUUAUGUGACUAUUGCUUGCUCUAUAGUGUUGAUUGCGGCUAUAAUAACCGAUACAGAACUUAUAAAUCCUCCUCGGCAAAUUGUUAAUGUGAUUAUUGGUGUUACUAUUGUCUUUUUUUUCGUAGUUAUAAUAGCAGAAAUGGUAUUUUUGUGCCGAAGAGGAAGAAAAGGAUAG